GGAAGCACAAGAUCACAGUUUUAAAAUGAGCUCAUUUAAAACUCAGGCAGGCGCUCAGGUGAACGGCUCUUAGCCUGUCCGAGAAGGAGUGGGGAAAAAAAAGAGCAAUUCAGAAACACAUGGGGAAAGUCCGAUGCUCCUCUCUCAGGCGUGUGGAUUAUCUGAUUCCAGAGGAAAACAGAACAGCACUGUCUGUGGAAAGAAGAAGAGGCUGAGCAGCUUCUUCUGCAGUUUUUGUAUUGGUUUCGUUUCCUGAAAGGCAAAGAAAAGGUCUGUGUGUGGAAGCAGCCAAGCUGAAACAAUGGAGGGGCACUCCCGUUCUGCUCCUGAGUCGGGAGACUCAAGAAUGAUCUUUUCUUUCUUGGGACUGUCCCACGUCCAACCUGCCUAACUUGCCUCUUCUCCUCGACACACCAUGAACCCUGAGACCUGAGACGUGACAAGCCCCGAUGAGCCCUCUGACACCCCUGACCAGCCUUAACACAGCCCUGACCGGUCCUCACACACCCCUGACCGGCCUCCCUCACACAGCCCUGACCAGCCCUCAUACAGCUCUGACCAGCUCUCAGAGACCCCUCACAGGCUCUCAGACACCCCUGACCGGCCCUCACACAGCCCCGACCGGCCCUCACACACCCCUGACCGGCCCUCACACAGCUCUGACUGGCUCUCACACAGCCCUGACCGGCUCUCAGACACCCCUGACCGGCCCUCACACAGCUCUGAUCGGCUCUCAGACACCCCUGACCGGCCCUCACACACCCCUGACCAGCUCUCACACAGCCCUGACCGGCCCUCACACAGCCCUGACCGGCCCUCACACACCCCUGACCAGCCCUCAAACAGCUCUGACCAGCUCUCACACAGCCCUGACCGGCCCUCACACAGCCCUGAUGAGCCCUCACAUAGUCCUGACCGGCCCUCACAAAGCCCUGACCAGCUCUCAGACACCCCUGACCAGCCCUCAGUCAGCCCUUACCAGCUCUCACACAGCCCUGACCGGCCCUCACACAGCCCCGACCAGCCCUCACACACCCCUGACCGGCCCUCACACAGCCCUGACCGGCCCUCAGACACCCCUGACCAGCUCUCACACAGCCCUGACCGGUCCUCACACACCCCUGACCGGCCCUCACACAGCCCUGACCGGCCCUCACACAGCCCUGACCAGCCCUCACGCAGCCCUGACCGGCCCUCACGCAGCAGCACUCUGCCCUUCACAGGACAAUAACUGAUGAAAAGAUAAUUAUCAACCACUAUGCUGUCUGUCAGUUAGUGAUUGAUGCCAGAAAACAAUAAAAACGAAAGGAAUUUGAUUUAUAAAAAUCUUUGAUUUUUGAUAUCCAUUAUAUCCUACAAAGAGCAACCAGAAAUACAGGAUGGAAUAAAGUAAUCCAGAACGCCCCCAC